UGAAGAUGAAAGCCUAGUAGCUAGCUAAUUCAAACCCUAAUUUCUCCUCCAUUUUCCACCAUUUCUGUUUUGUGCUUGAAUUAGCAAGAAGGAAGAAUAGCAAAUGGAAGGAGGAGGAGUAUCGCAUCCGAUUCCAAGGACUGUAGAGGAGGUCUUCGCCGACGUUAAGGGCAGAAGGGCUGGGUUGAUCAAGGCGCUUACUACCGAUGUUGGAAUGUUAUAUCUGCAGUGCGAUCCUGAAAAAGAAAAUAUGUGUUUAUAUGGACUUCCAAAUGAAACCUGGGAAGUUAAUCUGCCUGUUGAGGAAGUGCCUCCUGAGCUUCCUGAACCGGCUCUAGGCAUUAAUUUUGCUAGAGAUGGAAUGCAAGAAAAGGAAUGGCUAUCACUAGUUGCAGUUCAUAGUGAUUCAUGGUUGCUUGCUGUUGCAUUUUAUUUUGGUGCCCGCUUUGGAUUUGGUAAGAGUCAAAGGAAAAGGCUCUUCCAAAUGAUAAAUGAACUCCCAACUGUAUUUGAAGUUGUGACUGGAAAUGACAAGCGGCCAAGAGACCAAUCUGGUGUCCACAACAACAGUAACAAGAGCAAAUCAAGUGGAAAGUCUAAACAAACUGAGCAUCAGACUAAAGGUGUAAAGAUCUCUACACCGGCCUAUGAAGAAGAAGAGAGUGAGGACGAUGAACAAGGAGCCACACUUUGCGGUGCUUGUGGGGAUAACUACGCGAAUGAUGAAUUCUGGAUUUGCUGUGAUAUCUGUGAAGGAUGGUUCCAUGGUAAAUGUGUGAAGAUUACGCCUGCUAAAGCCGAGCACAUCAAGCAAUACAAAUGCCCUAGCUGCAGUAACAAGAGGGCCCGAGUCUGAAACAUAGGUUCUAAAAAAUCACUGUAAUUUGUGAGUUAAGCGAAAUGAUCUAGGCCUAGAAACCCCUCUUUU